GUUCAGUCUAACUACUCAUCGCUCUCAUCACCUGUGUGUCACUCUCGAUGUGUAUCAAGUAUUUGGUGUUUAAAUUAUGUUUUGUUGAAAUUUUUCCAUUGCCCUGAGUUAUUUUAAAAGUAAUUAAUAAUUUUAAGUAAAUGCUUAGAGGGCAGUAAGUAAUAUGCGUGUAUUCUUCUUAACAGAUGGAAGUGAUCUCGAGGGCGUGGAAAAACUAGAAGACAUAAAGCACAUAAAAGUGGUGAAAUGGACGCUGACAAGCCUGAGCUCGUGGCCGCACCCGCCGCACCGCCGCCGCCGCGCCUACGUGGAACAGUUCUUCCUGAACCUGCAGUCCUUCCUGUGCAUCCCCUUCAUCGUCAUCUACCUGCUGAGGAACACGGGGAAGAAGGACUUCUUUCGGAUGGGACACGUGUGGAUCACUUUCUUUAUGAAUAUUGUCGCUUCGACCAGGCUUCUGCUACCGCUGACCAAGAAUUAUCAAACACUAACGAAAUCCUUUAUUGAAGAGCUACAUCUAUUUUAUCACAGACACACCUCCGAAUAUUCUAUGAAGAUCCACCUCGAGAUCCACAAGCUCUCCCACUUCUUCACCAUGUACCUGACCGGCAUGAUGGUGGGCGGCAUCGUGCUCUUCAACGCCACCCCUCUAGCCAACAACAUCUUCAGUGGAGCCUUCAAGAAAGACAAGCCUCCAGACCUCGAGUUCGAGCACGCCGUCUAUUACGGCCUACCCUUCGACAGCGAGACCAAAUACAGCGGCUAUAUCCCUGUCUUUCUAUACAACUGGUUUAUUUCAUACUUCUGUUCCUCAUGCUUUUGCAUCUACGAUUUGAUUCUUUCACUUUUGAUUUUCCAUCUAUGGGGUCACUUGAAGAUACUAAACUACAAUAUGCGGACGUUUCCGCGGCCAGGGUGUGUGGCGCCGCAUAUCAAGGAUACGUCGCGGCUGCGCUAUGAUGAUGAAGAGAUGGUGAUAGUUGGGAGAAUGCUGAGAGAGCAGAUCGACUAUCAUAGGUUUAUUAGCGAUUUCAGUGACCGUAUGUCAGCGACGUUCGGGCCGAUGCUCGCCAUCUACUACUCGUUCCACCAGGUCAGCGGCUGUCUACUGCUGCUCGAGUGCUCUCAGUUGGACGCGGACGCCCUCAUCCGCUACGGCCCGCUGACGGUGAUCCUGUUCCAGCAGCUCAUCCAGCUCUCCAUCGUGUUCGAGCUCAUCGGCAGCAGCAGUGAGAAGCUGAAAGACUCCGUCUACAGCAUGCCAUGGGAGUGUCUGGAUGACAAGAACCGGAAAAUACUACUUUUAUUCCUCAAGAAAGUACAAACACCGAUACAUUUGAAAGCUAUGGGGAUUGCCGACAUCGGAGUCCAAACUAUGGCUGGGAUUAUUAAAACUUCACUAUCAUACUUCGCAUUUUUGCGUUCAAAGUAGAAUGGGAAAUUCGCCAGUAUGCAAAAAUCGCUUAAUAACAUUGCACAUAAAAUAUUGGAAGCAGCCAGCGAGCGCUCAGCAGUACGCAAUUUAAUUAUGAUGAAGAAUUACAAGAAAAAAUGCCGAGUAUAUUUUAUUAAAAGCACAGCGCGCGCACUUUCUCUACACUAUUUUCUAUGGACAUAAAGUAUUCCAACCAAUCCUGCACCAGCCUUUAGCAGAAAGGACUCACUUCAAUAAAUAGAAUGAAAAUUGCA